AUGGCUGAGAAACUUCCGUCAGAAAAGGUUGAGUAUGCCUCUCACCAUGAGGCAGGGAAUAUCUCUGCAGCAGGGCAUAUUGCAAUCGAGACUAUCAGGGAGAACAUCACUGCGAGGCUAGUCAACCCUCUUGCGGGAAUUGCAAAAGAUGAUCUGAUGCUGCAAGUGCAGCGCUUCGCCACGGACAAAGACCUCCUCGACAUACUGCCUCUCCUGCAGAGAGGGGCAUACGUUGCCCAGGCCGCGGUACCGCUGGCAGAAAUGGAAGAGCUCGAGCCCGAUGAGCUUGAGGGACUCCAGCGUGAGACAAAGCACAGGUGGAGCCAUCCGUUUGCCCUCUAUGCCACUGUCUUUGUCUGCUCGAUUGGAGCAGCAGUGCAGGGUUGGGAUCAGACGGGAUCAAACGGCGCCAACUUGACAUUCCCCGUCGAGUUUGGCAUUGCCUCUGGCUCCAGCAGGGACAAUUGGCUGAUCGGUCUGGUUAACGCUGCUCCCUAUAUCUCUUCUGCUUUCCUCGGAUGCUGGCUGUCUGAUCCGUUCAACGCUCUCCUAGGCCGCCGUGGGGCGACUUUCCUGGCCGCAAUCUUCUGCAUCUUGACUCCCAUUGGGGGCGCGCUGUCUCAAAGCUGGCACCAACUGCUCGUGACAAGACUCCUCAUGGGUUUCGGCAUGGGCCUCAAAGGUGCGACGAUCCCUAUGUAUACUGCAGAGAACUCUCCAGCUGUCAUUCGUGGUGCCCUGGUCAUGGGCUGGCAGAUGUGGACGGCCUUUGGCAUAUUUCUCGGGUUUGCCGCCAAUCUCGUCGUCUACCGAGUUGGCAAAAUUGCGUGGAGACUCCAGAUUGGGUCUGCUUUCAUUCCCGCUGUUCCACUCGCUCUAUUCGUCUUCUUCUGCCCAGAGUCUCCACGCUGGUUGAUGAAGAAGAAUCGCUACAGGAAAGCCUUUGAGUCGCUCUGCCGUUUGCGAAAACACAGAAUACAGGCUGCACGCGACCUCUACUAUGUUCAUGCUCAGCUGGUUAUCGAACAUGAGAUGGCGGCGGGGUCAACCUAUUUCGUUAGACUCCGCGAACUCGUCACGGUCCCUCGUAUUCGAAGAAGCUUUAUAGCAGCAUUGGUCGUCUUCAUGGGCCAGCAAUUCUGCGGGAUGAACAUCAUUGCUUUUUACUCGUCGACUGUAUUUGUCCAGGCAGGUGCUUCUGAACAUACAGCAUUGCUUACUUCGCUGGGCUACGGCAUCAUCAAUUUCGCCUUUGCCAUACCGGCAAUCUUUCUCAUUGAUAGGUUCGGUCGGAGAUCUCUGCUUCUGUCGACUUUCCCACACAUGGCUUGGACACUCCUUGCCGCGGGCUUCUGCUUUUACAUUCCCGAAUCAAGCAAGGCACAUGUUGGCAUGAUUGCUUUCUUUGUCUACGCAUUCACUGCACUCUACUCGAUUGGCCAAGGCCCAGUUGCUUUCGUUUAUUCCGCGGAAGCCUUUCCACUAUCACACAGAGAGAUCGGCAACAGCUGGGCGGUGUCGGCGACGUUUGCCUUGGCCUCGGCUCUAUCCUUGACGUUUCCUCUGAUGCUGAGCAAAUUCACAAAUACUGGGGCAUUCGGUUUCUACGCCGGCAUGAACGUGCUUGUCUUCAUUUUGAUGUUCCUCUUCGUCCCGGACACGAGCGGGUACACACUGGAAGAACUCGACUACGUCUUUGCGGUGCCGACAAGACGAUUCAUCAGCUAUCAAAUCAAAAAGGUUUUACCAUGGACGUUGAGGCGUUACUUCCUCUUCAGGCGUGGAGAGCACUUGGAGCCGUUGUAUCACUUUGAGCGCAGCGGCCAACAGGUCCCGGAAUCUCACGUUGAAGAGGGCAAGUAG